CAUCUUUUGGACUUUUUUCCCUGCCUUAGGCCCUUAGCCGGUUGCGCUAUAUACCCUUAAAAAAAGAAAGAAGAAGUAGGCACUGUAGUAAAUAUUAAGCUAAAGCUUAUUAUUGACACUUGACAGAGAAGACGAAGAUGGGGGUCACGAAAGAGCAGGUUGAAUCUUCCCUCAAAUCCAAACUCAGCCCUUCUCAUCUUGAAGUAGUUGAUGUCUCUGGUGGAUGUGGUGCGAAGUUUACCGUUGAGAUUGUGUCUGAACAAUUUGAAGGGAAAAGGCUACUCGAGAGGCACAGAAUGGUGAAUGCUGCAUUGUCUGAGGAGUUGAAGGAAAUUCAUGCUCUCUCUAUAACAAAAGCUCUCGCUCCAAAUCAGUGGGAACAGCAGCAAGAAUCUGAAAAAUCUCAAGCAGCAGUUUGAAGUUUGCUCCUCACGGCAUUUGCCAGCUAGAAAAAACUGAUGUCUCGUGUGUUACACUACAGCUUUUUUCGUGAAAAAGACUGCACCUUUAGAUCCUUCUUACAAAUCUCAGCAUGAUGCUACUCAAUUUAAAUCUUGAAUACCGUUUGUGAUUUUGGUAGUAAAUCCUCUAGCAGUGAUAAAGCUUUGUUUGAUCAGAAUAGACUUGGCUUAGUGCAUAAAUUUAACAGUCUGGUCUUGAAUUAUGACGAAGACGUGAAUGGAUUCAAUGAGAGGUGACUGGUGAUGAU